UCACCCAAUUGUAUCGCCCCGAGAUAGAAUACUCGGUCUGAUAGCCGUCGCGGCACCUGCAGGUUCCAUCUGUCCAGCACCCAGUACGGUCAUGGCCGCUAGGACACCAGCCGCGACCCGGCAAUCAUCUGGCACUUUGUUGUUGCGUUCGCAAAAGUCGAAGUAGAUUUUGUUCUUGUCGGGGUCCAUCCAGCUGCUAUCGUCUUGGAAGAUAAAGUAUUUGUAGCUGCCAUAGCAGUCGUCGUCUUUGUUCACCUUGCAACUGCAAUCAAACACCGGCUCUUUCCCGUAUUGUGUCUCAAUGCUUUUUGUAUCCGCCCUUACAUGGAGAGUUUCUUGGUGACAUCCGUACUGGCAAUCGCCUCCACGUCGUAAGGAUCCCGCCAGGUCCAGUCGAAGCAUGGAUCCGUCACGCCAUCGUAGAAGCAGCGGCAUGUAUUGAUCGACUCCCAUGUGUACUUGUAGUAAUUCUUGUCCUGCUCGCACCGGAAAUCACUCCAGUUAAUGAAGUAGCCGAGGUUGUUGCACUGGCAGGGCAACCACCACCGCCACCAUUCGAACCAGCUGCCUGGAGUGCUUGCGCCCUCUGGACACCACCCGUCAUACCCUGAAUCUACGUGUCAUCACUCGUUUGCCCUCGGAUUCUCUGCUUUCUUUCGGCUGUCGAACUUCCAGUUAUACCAAGCGGUGCCACCGCCGGUCACUCGAAACUCGCUCGUCUUGCAGUCGCACUCUUCACAGGAGUCGGGGUGGACGAGACAGCUGCAGAGGGCCGUAACCACAUGUUGUGAUUACACCAUUCCUUAUGUGUCUUCAGUCUCUCUGUACCCAUUAAGGUCUCGAUUGGUCAGCCUAAUGGCAGCCCCUCCAAGGUUUUGCACUGGCCCCAUGCAGUAGCAGCCUGCAUCAGUGCAUCCUUUUUCUCCGAGCUGUUUCUGUGCGUCCGAUGCCCUCUGUCUGCACCCCCAGAAAUAGAAGGGCCAGAGGGGUGCAGGAGGGAGAGGAUCGAAACAGACGACAGGCAAGUCCCAGAGGGUCGUAAUAGGAUCGUCGUUUAGGAACGGCAGGUAGUCGAGGAGGUCUUUUGCCAGCUGCGCAGAUUUCUCCGAAACUUCUGUUCCCUCUCGGAUCAAUUUAUCCCAUCGUAGUUGUAUGCUGGCCACCAGCUCGAGAGCCCCCCGCUCGGCGAUGGAGUCCGUCUCGGGACAUUCAAGUCUGAACGAUGAAUGGAUACUCUUGCAUUAAGAGAGGGUGUGAGAGCUAUGUCUUGGCUCAGCCUUGCAUACUUGAGACAUAUGUCGAGAUCCAGCGUGUAUUUCAGCGCCCUGUAGACAGCAUAGAGCGUUGUUGUUACGGGCUCAAAUAGUCGACGCCGAGCGCUCUUGUGGUGGUGAUGUAGGUAUCGAGGCGUCACUUGUGUGGGUGGACUCUUGGGAUCUCGCUGCCGCCUAAGCUGAUCGAAGUUUGUUCGUGUCUCCGCGUCCGAGCAGGUCGGUGGAACGUGGCGUGUUUGCGUCGUGUCUUUCAUGUCGCUUGUCCCCCGCCUUGUCGUCCGCCUGUGAGCUUUGAGGAUCUGCUCGGCCACUGUGCUGUUUGUGGCAUUGUUCAGGCUGCGGUGAUAGACAGAGGGCAUGUCACGCAGUCGGUAAUUCUUUCCGCAUGCUGGGGUGUACUCAGGCGUCAGGUUCAU